GUUAAACUGAUGAAGCAGUUCUUUUUUCACGUGGAACUGAAAGAGGAACCAUUCUUUCACUCUUUAACUUUUCAUCCACACUUCAAUUCAGCAAAGCCGCAGCAGCUGUUCUUCAGGGAAACCUACAAAAGCAAACAUGGACAUGAUGGGGGAUGUGAAUGAUACUGGCAAUGAGGGAUUUUUCUGUGAUGAGACGUUUGACUUUAAUACCCUCAGUGGGGCCUUCUUUAUUUUUAUCUUCAUCUUAAGCCUCAUAGGCAAUAUCCUCCUUUUGUGUGUUCUUGUCGUCCACGAGAACCUGAAAAAUGUCACAAACCUCUUCAUCCUGAACCUGGCCUGCUCCGAUUUGAUCUUCACCAUCACUCUUCCAUUCUGGGCCGUCUAUCACCUCCAUCACUGGGUCUUUGGCGACUUUGCCUGCAAGUUUGAGACUGCUGCAUACUAUGCUGGUACAUAUAGUAGCGUCAUUCUGAUGACUGCUAUGACUGUGGAUCGUUUCCUGGGAGUGGUGCUGCACAGCCGGCCGAUCAACCCUUUAACAAGGCAGAGAUGUGCAAUAGUUUCCUGCGUAGCUGCCUGGGUUAUCAGCAUUGCUGCGUCUGUGAGAGAUGCUUUUAGAGCAAAGGUGCUAGACACAUGGAACAAUGAGACAGCAUGUGAGCUUUUUGAGCAUGAUGUCAGCCUGGGAUAUUAUCUUCAAAUGUCCCUGCUCUUCAUCUUCCCAUUUGCCAUCAUAGUUUUCUGCUAUGCUGCCAUCCUCCGAACAGUCCUGCAGGCUUCAAACAGAAAAACAUGCAGGACUGUAGUGGUGGUGUUGUGUAUUGUUGCAGCCUUCUUUAUCUGCUGGGGGCCUUACAAUAUUAUACUUCUCAUUGCAUCUUUUUACGAACCUGCAGGCUGCAAUGCAACUGAAGUUUUCUACAUGGCCUACGACAUUUGUCGUAUCCUUGCCUUUUCUCAUUGCUGUAUGAAUCCUCUGCUGUGCAUGCUCUCACAGAAGUUGCGCAGAGAUCUCUUGCAACUUUUACACUGCAACAAAACCUCAAAGUACGUCCCAGAGAGAAGCAAUGGCCAGAGCACCUCUGUAAUUCAAAAUGUAGCUUACACAGCAAAGAGCUCAGCUAUUAUGUUGGAUGCACCGUCCAAGUAGACUCUCACUUUUGAAACAGGACACAGUUCAAAUGCUGUGGUGAAAUUAUUUAAUGUGAGUUUUAUUUUUCAAUUAAGUGCAUCACCUUCAAAAAUACAAAUGUUCUGUUGUGUUUUUGUCUUUAAGCUUGUUCUAUUUAAUGCCAAGUAAAUGACAAAUACGCUGAAAGAAAUUAAAGCAUAUAAUGUGUUGUUUUAACUUACUUUAAAUCAACAUUGCUGUGCUAUGACUUUGAAUGAAAAUAGGGUGGGAUAUCAUUUUCUGUUUUCAGUUCUUCUAAUUUAUUUUUAUCAGAUAAGUUAACAUGCAGGAAUUUUUUACAUUUUCAAAUUGAGGAUGUUGUGUCAAUACUUUAUUUGGGGGAAAGUCCCAUGAAGAGUGAAGUACUAACUAAGAGCAGCAUAGGCAAAGACACGGUGUUGAGACUGUUGCUAGGAAGACAAUUUCCAUUUGACCACUUCUGAAAAAAAUGUUCAAGUUUUUAAAUUAUUUAUAAAAUAUUGAUAUAAACAUGAACUGGCAGUAGAUAAUAAUUAUUCCUGUUAUUAAUCUUUCAUAAUUUCACUUUAAUUUAUGUUUCAUGCAAGUAUAUUUAAUGGUUUUACUUUAUAUUUCUCUGUUUUUUACUUUCUUAAGUAAGUAUCCCUUGACAUUUUUACCCCUAAAACCAUGAAAAUUUUCGAAUGCACAAUGAGUUUCUUUUUUUUUUUAAGAUAUAUUUUGGGCUUCUCAUGCCUUCAUUGAUGAUGACAGUGGAUAGAUUAGAAUAAGGAACUUGUUAGCCUUGUUUAUCCAAAAAUGUAUGAUGGAUGCAUCCCCCAAGUAGAAAUUUACUUGUGAAACUAAACACAGUUCAGAUACCGUGUAAUUAUUCAAAAUCAGUUUCAUUUUUUGUCUUUAAAAAUGACUUAAGAUAAAUUUAUUUGAUCUUAAGUAAAUGACAAAUGUGAUAUAGCUGGAAAAAAAAUAAGUAUAAUGUUUUGUAUUAACUUACUAAGCUCUUUAAAUAAAAUUUGCUGUGCUGUGACUUUGAAUAAAAAUAUGA